GAGUAGACAAUGUAUACCAUUUGAACAAGUGUGUGACGGAAUUACACAAUGUAGAAACAAAGAUGACGAAAAAUUGUGCGACGUUGUCUGUCCUGUUAACUGUACAUGUGUUGGAUAUUCUAUUGAUUGCCGAGCCGCUAACUUAAAUAGCAACGAAGUUUUUACUUUAUCAAAGAACACAAAGAGCGCAGACUUCAGCCGAAAUCCAGGGAUUAUGGAUGUGUUAUUAACUGGCGUCCUAAGUUUUCCAUUUUUGAUAAAUUUCAAUAUAUCCCAUAGUGAGAUAAGAGAUAUCAGGAAAAAUGUUUUCUUUUAUUUAUACAAUCUUGAUUCUCUUGAUAUUGGAUACAAUAGAAUCCAUACUUUACCAGAGCAGUUGUUCAGCAGUUUGAAGCACCUCCGCUUUCUAAACCUAGACGGAAACUUUGAUCUUGAGGUUAUUUCAGCGACAGCCUUCCAUGGACUGGAAAAUAUUAGAAGUUUACGCAUAACACGUACGAAACUAAAACGUAUUUCAGCGUAUACCUUCUCCAAUUUGAAUUUACAAGCUAUUGAUAUUCAGUACAAUCAAAUUGAAGAGAUUGAGAAUUACGCCUUCAGUAACACUUCUGUACUAAAAAUAAACAUCGACGGUAAUAAUAUAUUAACAUUUAACAAGUUUAUUUUUAGCGAAAUAACGUCUCUUCGAGAACUUAGAACGCCUGCAUUUAAAUUCUGCUGUAUACGUCCAUGCUACCUUCUAGAAAGUAGUUGUUACCCUUCGAAAGACGAGUUUUCAUCCUGUGGGGACCUUAUGAGAAAUCCCGUUCUUCAGGCAGUUUUAUGGCUCGUGGGAUUAGCGGCCUUGUUUGGAAAUCUCGGCUCGGUUUUGUUUCGUCUGGUGUAUGACCGCGAAAGGCUGAAGAUAGGAUAUGGUAUAUUUGUUACGAAUCUGGCUGUAGCAGAUUUUCUUAUGGGAGUGUACCUUAUUAUGAUAGCGAUAGCUGAUUCGCUGUUCCGUGGCAGGUAUAUAUACGAAGAUGAGCAGUGGAGAAAUAGUAAAUGGUGUGUUCUAGCUGGUGUAUUGUCAACUGUUUCUUCUGAAGCCAGUGUCCUUUUUCUUUGCCUUAUAACUUUAGAUAGAUUGUUGGUUAUUAAGUAUCCGUUCGGUACAGUCAGAUUUGGACCAAAUAAAGCAUAUAUAUGUUGCCUUACGUCAUGGAUUAUUGCUUUUACACUAGCAUUGAUACCUUUGUUUUACACCGGUUACUUCAUGAACAAGUUCUACUCCAGAUCCGGCGUGUGUAUUGCGCUACCUUUAACAAGGGACAAACCUCCUGGCUGGAUAUACUCUGUGGCUAUAUUUGUUUGCUUAAAUUUUUGCACCUUUUGCCUUGUGGCUGUGGGGCAAUUGUCCAUUUUUUUGGAGAUGCGUAAAGCUACCAGUGGCUUAAAGAAAACUCAAAUGUCAAGGAAAAGGGAUCUAAAAGUCGCCAGAAAUCUGAUCCUUGUUGCAACAACAGACUUUAUGUGUUGGUUUCCCAUUGGAGUAAUGGGAAUAAUAGCAUUGGGUGGACAUCCUAUUCCUGGAGAGAUUUACGCUUGGACUGCUGUCUUCAUCUUACCCUUAAAUUCGGCACUGAAUCCGGUUUUGUACACUUUCACUGCGAUUAUUGGAAAAGAUGUAAUGCGUUUUACAUUUUCUACCUUACAUAAAAGGCUAUCGUUAUGCACAGACACUUUAAAAGCUAAGGAAAAUAAUCAUUGCCCGACACCGAAAGAAUUUGCAAGAUUAACAAGCGUCAUAUACUUAAAUCCUUGCAUCACUCCUAUAUCUAUGUAA